UCAUAGAGCAGAACUAAAGAAUAGGACUGCCUCCUUGGUCCUGACCAUCCGAUAACGUUUACUCGACGAUUAGGCCGAGCCGGCGGGGUAGCACUAUGUCAAAGCAGGGUAUGAGCAUGCUAGCUUAUGCUGGCCCCUUUAUGGUUUUCAUGAUAGCCGGCUGGUGGGGUUUGGCAGAGGUCGUGGAUAACAAGCGACGAUUAAGGGGCGCCACCCAAGGUUUAGACCUGGUGGAGGAGCUGGACCCCGUGGAGCGCAUGCAGCGGCGGUACGGCAUCCAACACGGUACGGCAGGCGGCGCGAAGCGGCCAGCUGCUCCCGUGCUGCCCAGCCUAGAGGAGGAGUUGGAGGCGAUGAAGCGCAAGGUGGACAUCUACGAUUUCGACUACAAGCCCGUGCCUCGGCCAGAGGAGGAUGAGGAGUAGUGCGGACGGGCGGGCGGGUGCCGUACAGGGGUUGUGUUUGUAGGGACGUGUGCUUGGAGUGAUGAGAGGGGGAAAGGAUACGUGUUGUCGGUUGGGUUCUUUUCGUGUGUGGGUAAAGAGUCGCAGUGUGUUUAUUCCGCGUCACGCUGUGCUUGUUGUGUUUGUGUGAGGACACAGGGAAGUCCUGAGAGAGGCUGUUGCAUGGUGGGUAUCUGCGUUCCCGGAAAAGGAGCUCACCUGGGGGUGUCGUCGGGAGACCUUGGUUGGAUGUUAAGAGGGGCCGCUCUGUCGACUACCGGCCAUUGAUGCCCAGCGGUUGCCAUGUGGAGGGUCCUGUGACAGAGUAGUGGGCAUGCGUUAGGGCUAUGUUGCCCCUGCCCAGGGCUGUGGCUUGUAGGAGGUGGCCUCCCUACCUGAGGUCCGCUAGACUGGCAUGACUGCUCACUCAUGACAUGACGGCCAGCAAGGGGGCUUGCAAUCUGAUACGGGGGUUGAACGAUGCAGGUUACCCUGCACGCCGGGGUACCAGUAUAUGGUGCGAAGAAGACGGGCUGGAAAAUGGUUGUUCCCGGUGUGCGGACCGGGCCGAUGGCUG